GCACUGUGCGCUCGGCACUGUGCGCUCUGCGCCGCGUCCGGACACUCAGCAUGGCCGUCAACGUGCCGGGGCUGGUGGCCACCAUCAUAUUCUACGCGCUGGUGCUCGGGAUCGGCAUCUGGGCUUCCAUCAAAUCCAAACGUGAUGAAAACAGGACGCAGGCAAACCAUGCGGACAUGGCCCUGCUGGGGAACAGAAAGAUCAGCUUGGUCGUCGGCAUCUUCACCACAACCGCUACCUGGGUUGGUGGGACCUUCAUCAUCGGCACAGCUGAGACAGUCUACGACCCAAAGCUGGGCCUGAUUUGGGCUGUGAUGCCAAUAGCAGCGACGGUAGCUUUCACUGUUGGUGGUCUUUUCUUUGCUGAGCCGAUGAGGAACAGGAAGUAUGUUACCAUGAUGGACCCUUUCCACUCGAAGUACGGAGACAAGCUGAGUGGACUUCUGUCUGUGGCACCACUGCUGUCAGAAAUUAUUUGGGUGACAUCAACGCUGAUAAGCUUAGGAGUUACAAUGAGUGUGAUCCUGGGUUUGUCCUACGCUGUGUGCAUCUGGAUUUCUGCUGCUGUGGCCAUCACCUACACCCUGCUGGGAGGUCUCUACUCUGUGGCCUACACAGACAUCAUACAGCUCACUCUCAUUUUUGUCACCUCGUGGUUGUGCGUCCCUUUCCUCUUCAUGAAUCCCACCUCCGUUGACAUCACCACCACAUCUUUCAACCACACCUUCCAGGCCCCCUGGGUCGGCACCCUGACUGCAGAACGAGCCUGGAUGUGGAUCGAUAUCUUUUUACUCCUGAGUAUAGGAGACCUGGGUUUCCAGGACUUCCACCAGAGGACACUGUCAGCCUCUUCCUCCGCCACCGCCAAGCUGCGAUGUUACGCUGCAGCAUUUCUCAUCCCCACGUUUGGAAUCCCUCCUGUGCUCAUUGGGGCAGUAGCUGCAUCAACGGACUGGAACCUGACCUCGUAUGGUUCUCCGCCUCCGUUCGAACGAGGCCAGACGGGUCUGAUUUUACCCCUCUCCCUGCAGCACCUCACCCCGCCCUACAUCUCCGUCAUCGGCAUCGGAGCCGUGGCCGCCGCCGUGAUGUCGUCGACGGACUCUGCCCUGCUGUCUGCAGCCUCCAUCUUCUCCUCAAACAUCUACAAGAAGAUCCUGAGGACCAAGGCUUCAGACAUGGAGCUCCGCUGGGUGAUUCGUAUUGCUGUGGUUUUAUUCGGCCUGGCAGGUACAUCACUCACCUUCCUGCACAGAGGUGUCAUGGCUUUCUGGGUCAUGGGUGGAGAAAUCGCCUACAUUAUGAUGUUCCCGCAGCUGGUCUGCGUCCUCUUCUUCAACAUUUCCAAUGCUUACGGCGCCGCUGUGGGCUUCCUGCUGGGCUUCUUUUUAAGACUUCUGUGUGGAGAGCCUUUGAUAGGGCUACCACCUGUCAUACACUUUCCAGGAUGCGCCCUCGAAGAUGGCGUUUACAUUCAGUACUCCCCUAUCAGGACCAUCUGUAUGCUGGUCACCUUUGCCACCAUAUUACUGGUCUCCUGUCUGGCUUCUCUGCUCUUUAACAAAGGACUGAUUCCUGAAAAGUGGGACGUGUUUCAAGUUAAAGUCCAUCAUCCACCACAAACACAAAUACCAACAGACAGUCCGAGCAGCAGUGAAAACCACAACUCACAGCUGCUGUGUGACAAUGGGGGAGUCUCAGAUCCCAUGUUGGAAUCAACUUGUUAAAAUUCAUCAGAAUCAAUGAUGCAACAACGGACCUCAUGUUUCUCUGAAGCAACUGGAAGGACUACAAGAUGGCCUUUGUAUUGUCUUGUAGACAAUGAUAUGCUACAAGGAAAAAUAUUUACUGAAAUUCAAUUGUUUUAUGUAAUGUAACAAAACCUGUGACAAAUACAUGACUUCAGCGUUCUGCUACCUGAGAUGGGUCAGAAGUAAAGUAAAUAAAGGUGAAGAGGCUAUGGCCACCUGCUCAUCCCAACAGUCCUCACAGCAAGUCCAGACACAAUGUUUCACAACUGAACACAAAAUAAUCUGUAGUCUGACAAAGAUUUUAUUUCAGAAUUCACAACAUUCAGUUAAGCCAGCAACCUGCAAGUCAGUUUGUUCUGACCGUGUAGGAAUGCAGUUUAUUACAGAUCCAUCAUUCCGAUGUGCUGACGGUGCCCCCUAGAGGCUGCUGUGUUCACUACGGCCACUGUAUGAAAGAGUGGAACAGAGCACACGACAUGCUGGUGUUUGGCCAAUGAAAGUCUGAUUUUGAGUUUGGAAAUAGUUUGACAGGAAGAACCGUGUGAUCGGCUGAGUUCAGUGUCCUGAUGUUUCAAACUAGAGGAAAGUCCGUUGUGUUCAGCUCACACGAAUUCUGAUGGACCAGAUGUGAUGUGCUCCACCGCUGCCACCUUCUGCUUUGUGAAAGUUAAUUGUGAUUAUUGUGAAAUUUGCUAAUGAUUUGGUUUGGACGGUGGUGCACAGUUGCCUGUUGAAGCAUAGCAAUUUUUUAAAGUGUGUGUGUGUGUGUGUGUGUGUGUGCAUGCAUAUUUGAAUAUGCUUCCCUCCAAACAAACAUAACAAAAUCAGCCUACCAGCACCUCUACAGCUCACUGAUC